CUUUCUCAGUCCCUCUUCUUUUUUCUUCUUUUUUUUUCUAUCUCCCCCAAUGCGAUCCGCAUCCGCCGUUGCGCUGCUGGUGGCCGCUGUGGUUGCCCUCGCUGCCCUGCCGAGCGCCGACGCCGCUGGCCAGCCGUACAUUGUGCCGCUGCCGCGCCGCUGGCAGUACGGCAACUCGACCGUGUACAUUGACUCGCAGAGCUUUGCCUUCACCACCAAGACCCAGUCGUUCAUUCUCGGCGAGGGCUUCAACCGCUACCGCUCAAUCAUCUUCCAGCACGCCGAGGCGCGCGGCAAGACCUGGGCUCCCCUGAUUACCGGCCUCGAUGUCACCGUCGAGUCCAACGACGACACGCUCCAGUAUGGCAUUGACGAGAGCUACGAGCUCAUCAUCCCCGCUCAGGGCGGCCCGGCCAUCCUCCGCUCGCGCAACGUUUACGGCGCCCUCCGCGGCCUCGAGACCUUCUCCCAGAUUGUCAUGUUCAACCCCGUCGACCACGUCUACGAGGUUGCCCACGCUCCCUGGAACAUUGAGGAUGCUCCUCGCUUCUCGCACCGCGGCCUGCUCGUCGACACCUCGCGCCACUUUGAGCCCGUCCCGACGCUCAAGGCUGUCAUCGAGUCCAUGUCCUUUGCCAAGCUGAACGUCUUCCACUGGCACAUUGUUGACACCCAGUCCUUCCCCUUCGAGUCGCGCACCUACCCCGAUCUGUGGGACGGCACCUUCUCGCUGAACGAGCGCUACACCCAGGAGGAUGUGAUGGAGAUUGUCGAGUACGCCAAGCUCUUUGGCAUUCGCGUCAUGCCCGAGUUUGACGGCCCCGGCCACGCUGCCUCGUGGUGCACUGGCUACCCCGGCAUCUGCCCCAGCCCUUCGUGCCUCGAGCCCCUCGACCCCUCGAGCCCCCUCACCUUCCAGGUCAUUGAUGGUCUUCUGAGCGAGACCUCUGGCAACUCUCGCUACGCUGGUCUCUUCCCCGACGACAUGAUCCACUUUGGUGGUGAUGAGGUCGACCCUACCUGCUGGACCCAGACCCCUCGCAUUGUCAACUGGAUGAACUCGAAGAACUACACCACCGACGACGCCUACAUGUACUUUAUCGAGACUGUCCACUCGAUGGCCAUCAAGCGCGGCCGCAACCCCGUCAACUGGGAGGAGGUCUUCCUGCACUUUGGCUCGUCGCUCGACAACGACACCAUCGUCCACAUCUGGCUCAACCACGACACACUUGCCCAGGUCGUUGCUGCCGGCUACCGCGGCAUUCUUUCCAACCAGGACGUUUGGUACCUUGACCACCUCGGCACCACUUGGCAACAGUUCUACCUCAACGAGCCGCACGAAGGCAUUGACGACCCCAACCAGCAAAAGCUUGUUCUCGGCGGCGAAGUCUGCAUGUGGGGCGAGACUGUCGACACCUCGGACAUUUUCAACACUGUUUGGCCCCGUGCUGCCGCUGCUGCCGAGCGUCUCUGGUCUGAUCGCCAGGUGAACUCGACCAACCUGUUUGAGCCGCGCCUGCUCAACUUCCGCUGCCUGCUCAACCUCCGUGGCGUCCCUGCUGCCCCCGUUGAGAACGCCCAGGCCCGCACUGGCCCACCCGGACCUGGCGGCUGCUACGUCCAGUAAAAGACACACGUUCAGGGAUGGUUGACCAAAAAAACAACAAAAAGUGAACCCGAAAUAUUUCCGUUCUCAUCCCUCUUCGUUUUCUGUCGUUUGCCCUCCUGUUCGACAAGUUUACUCAAACAACAACAAACUACACCACCUUGUGAAAGUGGCAGAUGCUGGUUUGUCCUUGUGUAGUCUGUGCUUAUGUUUUUUUUUUGUUCGAUAUAAACUCAGGUUGUUGUUGU